AUGAACGUGGGUGAGGACAGUAUGGCGGUCCCAUGCAUUGCGCAGAAAAGCCCUGUGGUCAGGCCAGAUGGAAGAAAGGCAGAAGAACCGCGUCCACUAUACCUUCAAACAGGCAUCAUUCCAAGUGCUAGUGGAAGCACACUUCUUGAGUCUGGACACACAAAAAUUGUUUGCUCUGUGCAUGGACCUCGACAGGUUCGCGGUCGCCAUUACGCAGGUAAGGCGGAGGUCAACGUUCAAUUUGAAAUGGCACCAUUUAGCGAAAAGGAGCGCCGGUCGAGCAGAGAUACAGAAGCCCCAGUUCCAGCAGCUUUGAUUCAGCAAGCUCUUCUCCCUGCCAUUCGAUUGGAUCUCCUUCCGAAGUCAUCUAUUGAUGUGCAUAUAACAGUCCUGGACUCUGACACUUCCAUGUUGGGGUGUGCAGCCAUGGGCGCCACUGCGGCAAGCGCAGCUUUAGCCGAAGCGGGAGUCCAAAUGCUCGGGUUAGUGACAGGAGCUACGGCAACCGCCAUUUCAACGCUUCCAUCAACCAACAAAGCACAGCAGCUAUGGCUUGUGGAUCCAACACAUCGUGAAUAUGCCGAUUCGCAUUCACAUCUCAUGAUAUGUGGCCUACCGGCUCUGGGGAUGACAACGUGCUAUGUGCUGCAGGGUUCCGUGGAUAGCAUGAACGCGCUCAAACAUGUGUCGAACACACUUACUCAGGUGACGACCAAGUACCAUGGUUUGGUCGCGCAAUCUUUGUAUAAUGAGCAUACGUAA